AUGGAUGAGAGACCGACACCAAGCAGUAUUCCAGGCGGAUAUCCAGAAUCACACGGUCCCACCCCGGUUGGUAACGCGCCAAAUGCUUUUCGCGGGAAUACCCCAAACACCAGCAAUGCAUCAGUAUCGCAACAAACCCGACAGUCCUCGUACUUCAGAGCAACGCCUGUAGUGUCAUCGAACACGCCAUCCUCAAGCAGUACACUGCGCGCCACAAGCACUCAAAGCCCAGAGAUAGCUCAUGAUACCGGUGCUCGCAAGACGCCAGAUGCUGCCUCAGCUUCGUCAUCAUCGAUGUCUGAUGAUGGCUCACAAUACGAGCCAUUAAAAACUACCCAGAGCAGUCAAAGUCGACCUGGUCUUGCGCACGCCCGAAGUAUCAAAACCGAGGAUGAACUCUUCAGAGUGCUUUCCCAACGUCGGACCAACGCCUCCGGCAAGGCGGAUGAGGAAUUGGAUGAAGAGAGUCAAGAGAUCGAGCGCCUCAUGUCUCGUAUGUUUGGAAAGGCUAGACAAGAGCACAGUGAGGAGGAAAAGACACGCCAUAGCGGUGUCAUCUUUCGCGAUCUCACAGUCAAAGGUGUUGGCCUAGGCGCUGCGCUCCAGCCGACUGUUGGCGACGUCUUCCUCGGACUACCUCGUACGCUGAAGAAUCUGUUCACCAAAGGACCGAAAGCCGCCUCAUCAAAACCACCAGUCCGCGAGCUCCUCUCCCAGUUUAAUGGCUGUGUUCGCCCUGGGGAGAUGCUACUCGUCCUAGGUCGACCUGGAUCCGGCUGUACGACCUUCCUCAAAACCUUCUGCAAUCAGCGAUCUGGCUUUGAGGCGGUCGAGGGCGACGUAAGCUAUGGUGGGACGGAUGCCAAGCGUAUGGCCAAGGACUUCAGAGGCGAAGUCAUCUACAACCCCGAGGAUGACCUUCACUACGCCACUUUGACAGUCAAGAGAACGUUGAGAUUUGCGCUCCAAACGAGGACCCCUGGCAAAGAGUCUAGGUUGGAAGACGAAACUCGCUCCGAUUACGUCAAAGAGUUCCUGCGUGUGGUUACCAAGCUAUUCUGGAUUGAACACACUCUCGGCACCAAAGUUGGUGACGAGUUUAUCCGUGGCGUCUCUGGCGGUGAGCGGAAACGUGUCAGCAUUGCUGAAGCCAUGAUCACUCGUGCCAGUGUUCAGGGAUGGGACAACUCUAGCAGAGGUCUGGAUGCCAGUACUGCACUCGAGUACGUCCAAUCCAUUCGGGCCUUGACCAACAUGGCAAACGUGUCAACGGCUGUCUCACUUUACCAAGCAGGCGAAUCGCUGUACCAGCUUGUCGACAAGGUCUUACUCAUUGAUGGCGGGAAGUGCCUCUUCUUUGGACGCGCAGAGGAUGCCAAACAAUAUUUCCUUGACCUCGGCUUCGAUUGUCCCGACCGAUGGACAACGGCUGACUUCCUGACAUCUGUCAGCGACCCUCACGAGCGGAGUGUCCGAAAAGGUUGGGAAAAUCGCAUACCGCGAAGUCCAGAUGCCUUUGCCGAGGCCUACCGUAACAGCGGUGCUGCUCGAAAGAACAUGGCCGACAUCGAAGAAUUCGAGACCCAUAUCCAAGAGCAGCGCGAAGAGCGUCAGGCCAAUCGAUCGGAAAAGAACAAGAAGAAGAACUACACCAUUUCAUUCCAAAAGCAAGUCAUCGCCUGUACCCAGCGCCAGUUCCUUGUCAUGACCGGCGAUCGUGCCUCGCUAUUCGGGAAGUGGGGAGGUCUGGUCUUCCAAGGUCUCAUCGUGGGUAGCUUGUUCUACCAGAUGCCUCAGACCGCAGCUGGUGCUUUCCCCCGAGGUGGCACACUGUUCUUCCUGCUGCUCUUCAACGCUUUGCUCGCACUGGCAGAAAUGACAGCCGCCUUUCAGUCGAAACCAAUCUUGCUCAAACACAAGUCUUUCUCGUUCUAUCGACCCGCCGCUUACGCUAUUGCUCAGACGGUGGUCGAUAUUCCACUGGUGGCCAUUCAGGUGCUGCUGUUCAACAUCAUCAUAUACUGGAUGGCUGGCCUGGCGGCAACAGCAUCACAGUUCUUUAUCGCUUGCCUGAUUCUCUGGCAGGUUACCAUGGUCACGUAUGCGUUCUUCAGAACUAUCUCAGCUUGGUGCCCAACAUUAGAUGAUGCUACGAGGUUCACUGGCGUCGCCAUACAAAUCCUGAUCGUCUACACCGGCUAUCUGAUCCCACCUUCUUCCAUGAGGCCAUGGUUUGGCUGGCUGAGAUGGAUCAACUGGAUCCAAUACGGCUUCGAGUGCUUGAUGGCUAAUGAGUUCGCUGGAUUGGACCUAGCAUGUGACAGUCAGUACCUGGUACCACAAGGACCCGAUGCAUCGCCGGAAUAUCAAUCGUGUGCUCUUCAAGGUAGCCAGCCUGGCGCUACUUCUGUCAAUGGCGCGGAUUACAUUCAGACGUCCUUCACAUACACCCGAGCUCAUCUGUGGAGAAACUUCGGCUUCAUGUGGGCAUUCUUCAUUUUCUUCGUAAUCACCACUAUGGUCGGCAUGGAGCGUAUGAAGCCCAAUGCUGGCGGCGGUGCUGUCACUGUCUUCAAGCGUGGUCAAGUUCCCAAGACGAUCGAGAAGAGCAUUGAGACUGGUGGUCGGGAGAAGAGUGACGAGGAGUCUGGACCCACCAAGCAUUUGUCCGAGAAGAUGGAGAGAGAUGGCGACGAACCUGCUGCCCUCGACGACGAAGAGCACAUGAAGCAAGUGGCCAAGAACGAAACAGUCUUCACAUUCCGCAAUAUCAACUAUAAGAUCCCUUAUGAAAAGGGUGAACGCCAGUUGUUGAACGAUGUCCAAGGAUAUGUUCGACCUGGUCGUCUGACCGCUCUCAUGGGAGCCUCAGGAGCCGGCAAGACGACUCUGCUCAACACUCUGGCCCAGAGAAUCAACUUUGGCACGAUCACGGGAGAAUUCCUUGUCGAUGGUCGUCCAUUGCCGAAAUCAUUCCAGCGUGCCACAGGCUUUGCCGAGCAAAUGGAUAUUCAUGAACCCACGGCUACCGUCAGAGAAGCACUACAAUUCUCUGCCCUUUUACGUCAACCUCGCGAAGUCCCACGGGAAGAGAAAAUGCAAUACUGUGAGACAAUCAUCGAUCUUCUGGAAAUGCGCGACAUCGCAGGUGCCACCAUUGGCAAGACUGGUGAAGGGUUGAACCAGGAGCAACGUAAGCGCCUGACUAUUGGUGUCGAGCUUGCGUCCAAACCUGAGUUGUUAUUGUUCCUCGACGAGCCUAGCUCAGGACUCGACUCCGGCGCUGCUUUCAACAUCGUUCGCUUCCUUCGAAAGCUUGCCGAUGCAGGUCAAGCUGUAUUGUGUACCAUUCAUCAACCGUCAGCAGUUCUGUUUGAGCACUUCGACGAACUAAUAUUGCUCAAGUCUGGCGGUCGGGUUGUAUAUCACGGGCCUCUCGGCCACGACUCCCAAGAGCUCAUUCAAUAUUUCGAGUCAAAUGGAGCCCGGAAGUGUCCCCAUGACGCCAACCCAGCUGAAUACAUGCUCGAAGUCAUCGGAGCCGGUGAUCCCAACUACAAAGGUAAAGAUUGGGGCGACGUCUGGGCCAACUCGAGCAACCACGCCGAUCGCAGCCGAGAGAUCGAAGAAAUGAUCCAGAAACGCCAGAACGUGGAGCCUUCGAAGAGCCUGAAGGACGACCGGGAAUAUGCCAUGCCGCUAUCCGUACAGACCUGGACCGUAGUCCGGCGAUCAUUCAUCUCGUACUGGCGCACACCGAACUACAUCGUCGGCAAGUUCAUGCUGCACAUCAUGACCGGCCUUUUCAACUGCUUCUCAUUCUACCAUCUCGGAUACUCGACGGUCGACUUCCAAUCCCGGCUCUUUUCCGUCUUCAUGACCCUCACAAUCUCCCCACCGCUCAUUCAGCAACUCCAACCCGUCUUCCUCAACAGCCGCAAUAUCUUCCAGUCGCGCGAGAACAACGCCAAGAUCUACAGCUGGUUCGCGUGGACCACCGCCGCCGUGCUUGUAGAAAUCCCUUACUCACUCGUCGCCGGCGGCGUCUACUUCUGCUGCUGGUGGUGGGGCAUCAUGGGCUACCGCGUGUCCAGCUUCACCUCAGGCUUCACCUUCCUCCUCGUCUGCCUGUUCGAGCUCUACUACGUCUCCUUUGGCCAAGCCAUCGCCUCUUUUUCCCCCAACGAACUCCUCGCCUCCCUCCUCGUCCCCAUCUUCUUCCUCUUCGUCGUCUCCUUCUGCGGCGUCGUCGUCCCCCCGCUUCAACUCCCCAACUUCUGGCGCUCCUGGAUGUACUGGCUCACCCCCUUCCACUACCUCCUCGAGGCCUUCUUGGGCGCCGCCAUCCACGACCAGCCCGUGGUCUGCAAACCCUCGGAAUUUGCGCGCUUCGCCGCCCCGCCCGGCCAGACCUGCGAUAGCUACGUGGGGCCCUUCAUCGAGCAGGCCGGCGGGUAUGUGCAGACGGGAGAGGAUGGGUUGUGUGAGUUUUGCCAGUAUGCCAAUGGGGAUGAGUUUGGGCGGGGGUUCAGCGUGUAUUAUGACAACAUCUGGAGGGAUUUUGGGAUUUUUUGCGCGUUUAUCGUCUUUAAUUGGGCGGUGGUGUUUGUGGCGACGUGGAUGAGGUUUCGGGGAAGGAAUCCGUUCAAGGGGGUGCUGGGGAGGUUGAGGAAGCAGUGA